AUGUCGAAGCACUCAACCCGACACACGUUCACGUACAAGACUGAACCAGUCAACAUUCUUUGCGAUGUCUAUCUACCCGAGUAAGUCCAAGACCUCCCAAUCGGCUAGCAGGAGAAGCUGCGAACUCGCUCGAAGGGGUGACGAUCUUCUCAGCUGCUCACCGACACCCUAGAUGCCAUGCCCAGAUGGCGGGGUUCAUCCCCUCAGAGCUAGAACAGCAUGAAUAUCAACUCCCUUCGGUUCAAUGUUGACUAUUGACAUCCACCCCGUCUUCCCCUGCCUCCCCUCGUUCAAUCUCCUCCGCAACUGGCGCCCCACUUUCCUCCCUUGAACCCGCAGCGAAACCAAAUUCGGCGUCGUCGCUGCAUUGACGCGUCAAAUCUUGGCUUCGGCAGGUGGCAAGCACUCGGUUGUAGAUGAUCACAGGCUGCCCGUGUUGAUCUACUGGCAUGGUGGUGGACUCACGGCGGGCAAUCGACGGGAGUGGACCCCUCACUGGCUGUUCAGUAAGCCUGACGAAUAGAUUCAAGGGCAGUGAAAGAAAGUCUGACGUGAACCAAUGCUUUCCAACAGAUGAUGCACUCGAUGCUGGCUUUAUCAUUGUAGGUCCUAACCCGUCUCGCAGGCUUCGUUGAGCUCCACUGAUCGUUGUAUCUGCGCGAAACAGGUAUCCGCCGAUUAUCGGCUCCUCACACCCUCGUCGGCACACAUCGUCAUCGAAGACGCAAAGGAUCUCAUCGAAUGGGUGCACACCCAACUCAACGUGCACCUCUCCAACAUCUCGUCGCAACUCGCGGACGUCGACCGCGUCGCCGUUUCGGGUUCUUCGGCCGGCGGUUACGUCGCUUACCAAGCUUGUCUCCACGCCCAACCCACCCCAAAAGCACUUUGUUCGAUCUACGGCGCGGGAGGAGAUUUCUUACUCGAUCAUUGGUACACACCCAAGACCGAACCUUGGUACAAGAAUCGACCCCUUCUCGCCCUGGACGAUCCGCGCUUCCAGGCCAUUCAUGAAACUCCGAAAACGAAAGCUGCGACAACGGGGACGGAGAAAACGGACCCUCGCAACGAGUACGCUUUUUGGUUGAUGCAAAAAGGUGAUUACCUCGAUAUGGUUUCGGGGGUUAAAGGGCUCGGAAAACGAUUGCGUGGGUUGAAGUAUGCCGAGAGGGCAAAAGCCGUUCCCGAACAGGUGAGGAUCACGUUCCCUCAGUUCGGAAUCGAACAAGCCGAGACGUUCCCUCCGACGAUUCUCGUACAUGGAACUACGGAUGACGCUGUCUUGAUUGAAGAAUCGAGGAAUCUGGCCGAGACGUUGAGGAAGAAAGGGACAGUCGAGGUUGAGCUGUUGGAGUUUGAAGCGAAAAACCAUAUGUUCGAUGUCGAGGACGAGUAUGUCGAGCUGAAGAAGGUCGUGCCGUUCUUGGUCCAACAUAUUCAAAAGUGA